CCUGCUAUCGCGCGCGAAGGCGUGUUCGGACGAAUCGCGCAGUGGAUUGCUAAUCACUGCCGUUGCGCGCGCACUUGGAUGCUCUGUGCUGCAUAGAGACCAGAAGUUCUGCUGGUGUGAGCUCUGCGACCACUUCGUAGACACUCGAACAGCUGCACAAGGCGCUCAGCAUGGCAGACGUCAAGAACAGCGAGCGGGGCAUCCGCAUCGCGAUAGACCGCGGGGGAACCUUCACCGAUUGCGUGGGCAAUCCCGGGUCAGGCAAGAUGGAAGACGACGUUGUCAUCAAGCUGUUGUCGGUCGAUCCUGCGAACUACGACGAUGCACCGCUCGAAGGCAUCCGCCGGUUGCUCGAGCGCUUCACGGGCGCCAGCAUCCCGCGCGGGCAGCCGCUCGACACGACUAAGAUCGAGAGCAUACGUAUGGGCACCACCGUGGCCACCAACGCGCUAUUGGAGCGCAAGGGCGAAGCUAUGGCUAUGGUCGUAACUAAGGGUUUCAAGGACUGCCUAGAGAUUGGCAACCAGAGCCGACCCAACAUCUUUGCUCUGGACAUCCGUAAGCCUGAGGUGCUGUACAAGCGCGUGGUCGAGAUUGACGAGCGCGUGACGCUCGAAGAUUACGCUGAGGACCCAACGCGCCACCAGACAGACGCCAAGACUAUCGACGAGGCAGCCGCCGAUGCCGACUUGGUCAAAGGCUUGUCUGGCGAGACGGUGCGUAUCUUGCAACGUCCGCAGGAGGAUGCUAUCAGGAGGCAGCUGAAAGACGUCUUCGAUAGCGGCAUCAAGAGCAUCGCUGUGUGUCUAAUGCACGGUUAUACGUACCCUCACCACGAAGCUCUGGUGGGGAAGAUUGCCCAGGAGAUUGGUUUCGAGCACGUCAGUCUGAGCCACGCCCUGAUGCCCAUGAUCAAACUUGUGCCGCGUGCGACUUCAGCCUGCGCAGAUGCUUACCUCACCCCUGCCAUUCGCAAGUACAUUGACGGUUUCUCAAAAGGCUUCGAGGGCGGGCUAGGCUCAGAAAGCGUCAAGCGUGAAAGUGGUGCCAAGGGCGCCCGAUGCGAGUUCAUGCAGUCUGAUGGCGGCCUUGUAGAUGUUGACAUCUUCUCGGGGCUGAAGGCGAUCCUGUCUGGCCCAGCUGGAGGAGUUGUCGGGUACGCGCUGACCUCUUACGACCCAGAGACCAAGACACCUGUCAUUGGCUUCGACAUGGGUGGUACGAGUACCGACGUAAGCAGGUACGGCGCGGGACGCUACGACCACGUCUUCGAGACCACCACCGCUGGUGUUACAAUCCAGUCACCUCAGCUUGAUAUCAAUACGGUGGCGGCAGGAGGAGGCUCGCGACUGUUUUGGAAGAAUGGCUUGUUUGUCGUUGGCCCUGAGUCUGCUAGUGCCCAUCCCGGUCCAGCAUGUUACCGCAAGGGUGGUCCACUCACCAUCACCGAUGCCAACCUGUUCUUGGGCCGUUUGUUACCUGACUUUUUUCCCAAGAUCUUCGGCAAGAACGAAGAUGAGGGCCUUGAUGCAGACGCUAGUGAGAUUCUGUUUAAACAGCUCGCUGAUCAAAUCAACAAAGAGGUAGCAGGGGGAAACAAGGAGAAAGAGAUGUCACUGGACGACAUUGCCAAUGGAUUUAUCAAGAUUGCUAAUGAGACCAUGACGCGCCCAAUCCGCAGCUUGACUGAAGCUCGGGGACACGACACAUCGAAGCACAGACUGGCGACAUUUGGAGGAGCCGGUGGCCAACACGCUGUCGCUAUCGCUGAAGCUCUAGGCAUAACGCAGAUUCUCGUUCACAGGUACUCUUCGGUUCUAUCAGCAUACGGCAUGGCUUUAGCAGAUGUUGUGGACGAGCGACAGGAACCGGAGUCAACAGUAUGGUCGGACGACAACACGGUACGACAAUACCUACAGAAAAAGAUGGGAGAUUUGAAAGCGAAGUCUACGGAGACGCUGAGGUCCCAAGGCUUUGAUGAGGGUAGCAUACAUUUCGAGGAGUACCUCAAUCUCCGUUACCGAGGUACUGAGUCUGCUCUCAUGAUUGUGAAGCCAACGAAGGCAGAAGCUGAAAAGGAUUUUGGUGGUGAUGACUGGGCAUUCGGCCAAGCGUUCAUCAAACAGCACGAGCAAGAGUUUGGUUUUACCCUACCCGAUCGUGAUAUCAUUGUCGAUGAUGUGCGUGCUCGCGGAAUCGGAAAGACUUUCGAGGGUCUUGAGAAGACUGUUGACCAGCAGCUCAAGGAAAUUUUGCCUAAGGAUCUAUCCAAAGACGAGAAACGAUAUGACACGCGCAAGGUCUUCUUCGAGGGCGGACGACAAGAUACCUCUGUCUACAAAUUAGAGGAUCUUGAAGUUGGCGACCGCAUCAAGGGCCCAGCAAUCAUUGCGGAUGGAACGCAGACUAUUGUUGUCACGCCUGGCGCGGCGGCGCUGGUCAUUCACACACACGUUGUGAUCAACAUUGGCGAAAGCGAUGGGUCGGAAAAGCAGAUCAGCACGAAGGAAGUCGAUCCGAUCAUGCUCAGUAUCUUCGCGCAUCGAUUCAUGGCCAUUGCUGAGCAGAUGGGCCGCGCCUUGCAAAAGACGAGUGUAUCGACAAACGUCAAAGAGCGUCUUGACUACUCCUGUGCGUUGUUUGACGCUGAUGGCGGACUUGUAGCGAAUGCGCCACAUCUGCCCGUACAUCUCGGCAGCAUGUCGACUUGCGUACGCAAACAAGCCGCUAUCUGGAAAGGAAAACUCAAGAAGGGCGACGUUCUCGUGUCUAACCACCCAAUGUUUGGUGGAACCCAUUUACCAGACAUCACAGUCAUCACACCUGCUUUCAGCGGCGACAACAUCAUCUUCUAUGUUGCUUCUCGGGCUCAUCACGCAGAUAUUGGCGGUAUCCUACCUGGUUCGAUGCCUCCUUCCUCGAAAGAGCUGUAUCAAGAAGGUGCUGCCAUCAAGAGCGAAAAGCUUGUGUCUGAAGGUCACUUCAAUGAAGAGCGCAUUAUUGAGUUGCUUUCAGUAGAGCCCGCUCAGUAUCCAGGAUGCUCCGGCACUCGCUGCCUCAGUGAUAAUUUAAACGACUUGAAGGCUCAGAUCGCAGCAAACCAAAAAGGCAUCAAUUUGAUCAGCACGUUGAUGUCUGAUUAUGGCGAGGAAGUAGUCAAGUUCUACAUGACCAACAUCCAAGCUAACGCCGAAUCCUCUGUGCGCCAACUGCUGAAGCAAGUUUACAAGCGCUUUGAGGGUCAAGAUCUCUCUGCUGAAGAGUUCAUGGACGACGGCUCUCCGAUCAGGCUCAAAGUGACCAUCGAUCCUGAAAAGGGCGAGGCCGUUUUCGACUUCAGCGGCACAGGCCCCGAGGUCUACGGCAACAUUAACGCACCUGAAGCUGUAACCUACAGCGCGAUUAUCUACUGUCUCCGCUGUUUGAUAAGCGAAGAUAUCCCGUUGAACCAGGGCUGCUUGAAGCCUAUCCACGUCCUCAUUCCCAAGAAGUCAUUCUUGUCGCCGUCCGACAACGCAGCUGUGGUUGGUGGCAACGUCCUUACCUCGCAGCGCGUCACAGACGUUGUGCUCAAGGCAUUCAAAGCAUGUGCCGCAUCUCAGGGUGACACAAAUAAUCUGACAUUCGGCUUCGGUGGGCUCUCAGGCGGUGAAGACGGCGGCGCUCGGAAGGAGACAAAGGGAUUCGGCUACUACGAGACCAUUGCUGGUGGCUCAGGUGCAGGCCCGACCUGGAAUGGCACGAACGGUGUACACACGCACAUGACCAACACGCGCAUCACCGACUCCGAAGUCUUCGAGCGUCGAUACCCCGUGCUGCUACGCGAGUUUUCACUGCGCCAAGGCAGUGCCGGAAAGGGCAUGCACAUCGGUGGCGAAGGCGUGAUUCGCGACAUCGAAUUCCGUAUUCCUGUCCAAGUCUCUAUCUUGAGUGAGAGGAGAGUGUACCAUCCUUACGGCAUGGAAGGCGGUGGCGAGGCUGCGUGCGGGCUGAACAUCUGGGCGCGCAAAGUGAACCGCAAGAACAUCGACAAGAAUAGCGAUUCUAAGAAGACUAGUGAGGGUUCCAAUGCGGAUACUGCUGAUAUUCAGGAGAUCAACGUGAAGGAUGCCGAACAAAAGGAUGUGGAGUAUCGCUUCAUCAACCUGGGUGCAAAGAACACCGCAAGUAUGCAGCCUGGUGAGCGCAUCAUCAUUCACACCCCAGGCGGUGGUGGUUGGGGAAAAGAAGGGGAGGAAAGUAGGGUUGAAGACAAGAAGGAUCCGAAGGCGGCCUGGAGAGGCGGCAGUGUUGCUGAGAGACAAGCGACUGGGGAGGCGUCUGCGUAAGAAACGCUCAAUCCGAUCCACCAUACCAAGAAGCAAGACUUUAGUCAACGAUACGUAUUCACGAGUCAUCGCUACCCGAACCUUGUCCAGUGAAUCACUCACAACGUCACAGUGUGCUUAACAUUUGAUACAAAAAA